UGCUGCGUCACUUCCGGCGCGUGCGUCCGGCGUCCGUCCGCCGCGGGAUGGCGGCUCUGAGGAGUUGGGUGACUCGGAGCGUAAGCUCUCUGUUCAGGUACGGACAGCGUUUUCCUGUCCCGGCUAACUCUAAGAAACGCUGUUUCUCAGAAUUGAUAAAACCAUGGCACAAAACUAUGUUGACUGGAUUUGGUGUGGCACUGUGUGCGGUUCCUAUUGCUCAGAAGUCGGAGCCUCAGUCUCUCAGUAGCGAAACACUGAGGAGGAGGGCUGUGUCUUUGGUAACAGAUAGCACCGCUACCUUUCUGUCUCAGACCACGUACGCGCUGAUUGAAGCAAUCACCGAGUACACUAAGGCUGUUUAUACGUUAGUGUCUCUGUACCGACAAUAUACAAAUUUACUUGGGAAGAUGAAUUCCCAGGAGGAAGAUGAGGUGUGGCAGGUGAUUAUAGGAGCCAGAGUUGAGAUGACUUCAAAACAGCAGGAAUACUUGAAGCUGGAGACCACUUGGAUGACAGCGGUUGGCCUUUCAGAGAUGGCUGCGGAGGCUGCGUAUCAAAUUGGAGCAGAUCAGGCCUCCAUAACUGCCAGGAAUCACAUCCAGUUGGUGAAGUCACAGGUACAGGAGGUGCGCCAGCUCUCCCAGAAAGCAGAAACCAAACUGGCGGAGGCACAGACAAAAGAGCUGCACCAGAAAGCACAGGAAGUGAGUGAUGAGGGAGCUGACCAGGAAGAGGCCUACCUGCGUGAAGAUUGAGGGCUUGAGCCCAGUGCCCCGUCCAUCCACUCUUGAUGGCAUCCACCUAAUGUCGCCCCAGCUCUGCAGAGCUAACAUUGACAGUCAGACCAGAGCUAUGCCUGCCCCUUCUCUCUGCUCGCAGCCUCUGCCUCUUAGCUCUGGGCGUGGCUCAGCGCUGUCCCUUGGCACAGCGCCUCUUGCUGAUCUCUUACCUCACACCCAAAGCAUUUCACCAACCUGGGCCAACAGAGGAGGGGUCUUUGCUGCCACACCCUUAGUUCAGUAGCUGUUUAAAUGUUACUCAGAUGUUCAAGUAUGAUUGAGUGCUUGCUCUCCACAGGGAAGCAAGGCGGGGGGGCUUGUCUGGUUUGUAACAUUUCUAUGUUUAUAAUGUCCUUUCUCCCCGUGAGCACAACUCAGCUACGAGUUACUCAGCACAGCACGUGGACAGCUCACCUGGUGCUCCCCACAGGCCCGUCUCUAACACACACUUGUUUGUUCCUUCUUUGAAUUUCUCUGCUGUACCCAAAGGAAGAAGAGGUUUUAGUGUUUGCAUUAAAAGAGAGAGAUUGAGAAUGAGUCUUCGGGCUGACCUACAGCAUCUUCCUUCACUGCCUAGGCGGUAGGAGCUGGGGGGCCCUGGGGUCCUAAGGCUCCCUGGCAGCUGACUCCCAUUCAGCACAUGCUAGACAAGUUUGCCAGGUUUCAGCACUUUUAAUCAAUAAGGUUGGUAGCAUUAUAAAAAUGAAGAUCAUUUCCUGCUGACCACCA